AUGAAGAACCUCUUUGGCCAGUGCGGAACUGUAAAGGACAUUGAGAUAAUAAAGCAGAACAAUGGGAAGAGCAGACGCUUUGCUUUCGUGACAAUGGCGUCUGCCGAAGAAGCUCAGGCCGUGAUUGAUAAAUUUGACUCUCAUCCAUCAAAACUAGGGGGAGAAAUGAUUUCUUCAAAAAACAGAGGGUGGGUAAUGGAAUUCUUACUCCGCAGCUUCUCAGAAACUCUAGAGGCAGUUACUUACUUUUGGAGGAAUUUAACAAUGGUAGGAGAAGAGGUUCUCUAAUCAUUCCGGAAGGCAUAAAGGGUAGUGGUUGGGAGGGCUUCGCUUAUAACCUCAAAAAGGCGGUUGAGCACACGGUGGUGCAACCAGAAAGAGUCCAGCGAUGGGAUGUCAAGUCUGUCCAUGCCUUGAAAUCGUACGCCAUGGCUGUAGGUUCUGAGGCAGGGUGUAGUUCUGCCAUGGAUAUGAAGGAUGAAGCUUCUGGUCUAUACUCUAUGGACGUGGGGACAUUUUCUGACAGUGGUAAAAAGUUGGGAGAGGUUGAAGGCGUGCUUUGGGCUGUCAAAACACAACUUUUUGGUGUACUAGAAGAAGUUUCCUUAUUAAUGCAAAAUGUUGAUAUGAGACUGAGUAUGGUGAUGGGACUGAACAAGGUGAUCACGUCUUCCACUGUUGCAUCUAUGUGGGUUCCUGAAGUCUCAAAUGUUAUGGGAAGGGAUGUGCUUGGGUUAAAAGAGGGGACGUUGGUCUCCAUUGGGUCAAAGGACGGGGACGUACUUGGGUUAAAAGCACAGGCUGCUUUUAAAGCUCAUGACCCACGGCCCACAAGCCCACGGGUAGAAGUUGGUGAAAACAUGGAUGGGGCUCUGAGCCCCCCCAUGGGCCAGCCCAUCCAACACUUAAGCCCAAACCCACGGGCUGAGAACACACGGGUGGGGAACCCAUCCACCGGCACAUCACGGGUCUUACGGGUUAUCAACCAGUCGGCUAACUGAGACCCACCGGUACAGACUUUGCCCGUGACUUCCCCGACCACCUUGCCGGCGCAGAAACAGCUGAUGAACACGGUGGUUAACUCGGUUUUUCCGGCGUCUUCCCCAAAGGCAUUAACUGAGCCUUUUUCUGAUAACUUGGCUAACAGCGAUCUGCCGGUACAGACUUUGCUGGCAACUUCCCCGACCACCUUUCCGGUGCAGAAACAGCCGAUGAACACGGUGUUUACCUCGGUUUUGCCGGUGUCUUCCCCAAAGGCGUCAACUGAGCCUUUUUCCCCCGUAGAGGCCACGCAUUUGGACUCCAUCAGUGGUUUUCAGGCCACCGCUUCUUCCCCACAGUCACAGAAAGGGUCGAUGGUCUCCGACGACCACUCGGCUCCUAUUCUGGCUUCCACCCUUGCCGUUAACAGAUUUAAUGGGAUGAAACUCUCUCUUCCGUUGGGGCCAAACGUGGGUGAUGCUUCUGAUACUCCUCAACACUCUUUGGGUUUCUCUAAGUCACCCUCAAGGAUCCUGGAAACUGAGUUGGAAGUGACUGACAACUCCUCGGUGGAUGGGAGUACUUCGGAUGAAGGGCCACUGUACGGUUUUGAUCUCCAGUUGGUAUGCAAGGGAUUUGGGGCAGACGCACUAGCAACCGAUCUGUAUGUACUUGGGGAUACGCCAAGUCCUUUAUGCUCAUUACCACCAACAGAACCUUCAGCUGAUCCACAUGUAGAUUGGAUUUUUCAGAAGGUUAAGGAUAUGAGCUAUUGUUUAGGGAUGUCUUGCGAAGGCUAUGAGGAUCAGUUGCAAGCUCUUCUCAUCACAAUAAAAUCAGGCCAACCUUUACUUGCUAGAUCAUCAAUGAAGAAGGAUAGGGAACUCAAGAAACUUGCUUGCUCUAUUAAUUAUGAUGCAUGGGAGGGUAGUGCAUGCAGGGGACGGCACAAGGAUAGGGUGAAUCUUGGCAAUCCAUGAAGCCCAAGAUUCUUUCUUGGAAUGUUCGUGGCUUGAAUGACCCGAACAAGCGCCUCAAAGUGAAGAACUUAUUACGGGAUUGGAAAGUGGAUAUCAUCUGCUUACAGGAGACAAAAUUAAAAUUUAUUGACAGGCACAUAAUAAGAAGCUUGUGGAAUUGCCCUUAUGCAGGAUGGACCACUCUUGUUUCUAAGGGUGCUUCAGGGGGUAUCAUAUUAAUGUGGGAUAAGCGAGUAGUCAAUCUCGUGGAGGACUUUGUUAGGGAAUUUUCGUUAGCAUGCUCUUUCUUGAAUGUGGAUGAUGACUUUGUUUGGGGUUUUGCAGGAGUUUAUGGGCCAAAUGAUGGUAGUAGUAGAAAACUUCUAUGGGAUGAGUUAGCUGGCCUAUGUUGUUGGUGGGAUAUUCCGUGGUGUAUCGGGGGCGAUUUCAACAUCAUUCGGUUUCCGAGCGAGCGGUCGGGGGUUUCUAAUUUGGGCUCAGCUAUGGCUGACUUCUCAGCCCUUCUCUUUGACUUAAACUUGGUGGAUCUCCCUUUGGCAGGGGGAGAUUUCACUUGGUCAAACGAAAGGGCCUGGUCGAGACUGGAUAGGUUUGUUGUCUCUCCUUCCUGAGAGACUCACUUUCGCAAUUUGUGUCAGAAGCGGAUUCCUCGGCUUUACUUGGAUCAUUUCCCCAUAUUACUAGAUUGUGGAGGUCUUCAGGAGGGAUGAAUAUACUUUAAGUUCAAGAACAUGUGGUUAAAGGUUGACGGAUUUGUUGAAAAAAUCUAUUCGUGGUGGGCCUCUUAUCUUUUCACAGGCUCUCCCAGUUUCGUCUUAGCAGGAAAGCUUAAAGCAUUAAAGAACGAUCUCAGAAAAUGGAAUUUGGAAGUCUUUGAGCACAUCAAAGACCAGCGGGACAAACUCUUUACGGAGUUACAACAGCUAGAUGAGAGAGAAGUAGAUAUGACAUCAUCUCUUGAGGACAUGACCAUAAGACUUGUUGUACUUGCUGACCUGGAAAAAAUCACACUCAUGGAGGAAAUCUCGUGGAGGCAAAAAUCACAGGCCCUUUGAUUAAAGGAAGGGGAUAGAAGCACAAAGUUUUUCCAUAGGGUCGCAAACUCCCGUAGAAGGAACAAUGCUAUAGAGGUACUCCAUGAGGAGGGCAGGGUUAUAUCGGGCCAAGAUGAAAUUAAGAACCAUGUUGUCCACUCCUUUGAGAAGCUUCUGACAGAGCAGUACCUUUGGAGACCCAAGACGGACGGCCUAGCUUUUGACUCCAUCGACCACACGCCGCAUGAUUGGAGAGGCCCUUUGAAGAAAAUGAGGUGUUUGGUGUGAUAAAAGGUAUGAACAAAAAUAAAGCCCUAGGACCAGAUGGCUUUCCAAUGGCUUUUUUUCACACUUGUUGGGAAGUUGUUAAAGAGGACAUCAUGAAGGUUUUCUUGGAAUUUCACGCUUUUAUGAAAUUUGAGAAGAGCCUUAAUGCCUCCUUCAUUGCUCUUAUUCCCAAGAGAGCAAGAUCGGUGGAAGUGAAUGAUUUUCGCCCUAUAAGUUUGAUAAGUGGGGUUUACAAGAUCAUCUCUAAAGUCCUAGUGAAGUGGUUGAGUGAAGUCACGGGGAAGAUCAUCUUGAAGUCACAAAACGCCUUUGUAAAAAGAAGGCAAAUUUUAGACUCGGUCCUCAUUGCCAAUGAAUGUGUAGAGAGCAGAGUCAGAACUGGCACUCUAGGUAUCUUGUGUAAACUGGAUAUAGAAAAGACUUUUGAUCAUGUGAACUGAGAUUUUUUGUUGUAUAUUCUUAGUAUCUAUGGUUUUGGGACAAGAUGGUGUUAGUAGAUCAAGCACUGUAUUACAAUUGCCAGAUUUUCUGUUUUGAUCAACGGCACUCCCGAAGGCUUCUUCAACAGUUCUUGGGGUUUGAGACAAGGGGACCCUUUAUCCCCACUCUUAUUCAUCAUUGUCAUGGAUGUACUGAGCAGAAUGUUGGACAGGGCAGUGGUUACAAGCUUCAUCUCGGGUUAUUCGGUGGGUGGCUCAACACGUGGAAGCAUGUUGGUUUCUCAUCUCCUUUUCGCCGAUGAUAUGCUGAUUUUUUGUGAUCCGGAUCUGGAUCAGAUCCGCUCCCUCAGAGCACUUCUUCUUUGCUUCGAAGUUGUAUCUGGUCUCAAGGUGAAUUUAUCUAAGUCGGAAGUAGUUCCCGUUGGCUUGGUUAACAACUUAGGGGAAGUGGCUGCCAUCUUGGAAUGCAAAGUCGCAUAAUUGCCAAUGAAGUAUCUUGGACUCCCUUUAGGAGCCCUCCAUAAUUCUAAGGUAAUGUGGGAAGGAAUCGUGGAGAAAGUUGAAGGCAAACUUGUGGGAUAGAAGAGAAUCUACUUGUCAAAGGGCUGGAGAAUCACACUUAUUAAGAGUACGCUAUCCAAUCUUCCAACGUAUUUCCUCUCACUUUUUCCAGUGCUUGCAGGGGUUUCGAAUAGACUGGAAAAGAUCUUUCGUGACUUUCUAUGGGGAGGCCUAGGGAAUACAAAGAAGUUCCAUUUGAUCAAAUGGGAAAAAGUAUGCACCUCAUUAUCUUGUGGCGGUUUGGGCCUACGAAAUUUGAGAACCUUCAACAAGGCACUCCUUGGGAAAUGGUUAUGGUGCUUUCAUCUUGAGGGAGACGCUCUUUGGAAAAACAUUUUAGAAAUCAAAUAUGGGAGUCAUGGGGAGGUUGGUGCUCAAAUGAAGUUAGAGGGGCCUAUGGCAUGAGAGUUUGGAAAUAUAUCCAGAAGGGCUGGGAUGAGUUUCUUGGCAAUUGUAGAUUCGAGGUGGGAAGAGGCACGCGGACAAAAUUUUGGCAUGAUCGUUGGUGUGGAGACGUGAUCUUGAAAAAUGCUUUUCCCUCUCUUUAUAAGAUCGCGUGGAUCAAGGUUCUUCAGUGGCUGAUAAUAUGUGCAUUAAUUCUGACUCCAUCACUUGGUCUGUGAGUUUCACUAGAGCUGUACAAGAUUGGGAGAUUGGGUACAUCACUAAGUUCUAUAGAGUGCUAUACUUGCUGAAGCUAAGGGUAGGAAGGGAGGACAAACUACUUUGGACUGGCACAGGGAACAAGAAAUUCUCGGUCCACUCAUACCAUAAAGCCUUGUCGACACACUCCUCCAAUACUUUCCCCUGGAAGAGCAUUUGGAGAAGCAAUGUUCCCCUCAGUCGCUUUUUUUGGUUGGGUGGCCUCCCAUGGUGAAAUCUUAACAAUCGACAAACUAAGAAAGCGUGGAUUUUACAUAAUGGAUUGGUGCUACAUGUGCAAACGCAACGGCGAAUCAACGGACCAUCUUCUCCUUCAUUGCGAAGUAGUUAAGGCUUUAUGGGAUACAAUUUUCUCAAGGCUUGACAUUGAGUGGGUCAUGCCCAAGAGGGUGAUAGACCUAUUGUCUUGUUGGCAAAGGAUUAGGGGCAAUCGCCAGAUCGCUGCUGUAUGGAAGAUGAUACCUUUAUGCCUAAUGUGGUGUACAUGGAAUGAAAGAAAUGGUCGCUGUUUUGAGGAUAAGGAGUGUUCCCCGGACAGCUUUAGGGACUUUUUCUUUCAUACUUUGUUACUUUGGGCCCACUCUAUUGCAUGGAAUGGAACGGGACUUAAUGACUUGUAUGCUACUAUCCGUAGCACGUAGUUUUUGUAAUUAGGCUUUUCUUGUGUACUCCCUGUGUACUCGGGCUUUGCCUAUUUAUAAGGAUCAAUAAAAUUUCUUUUACCUA